GUGUGUUUGAUUGGUGGUUUUAAGUUAUGCGUAAACAUUUUCAAUGGCCUAUAGUUUCAAUUUUGAUAUAGUAUAAACUGUUUGUACCAAGUAUAGAAUAAAUCCAUGGCUAUAGAUCACAGAGAGUUGUCAUUGAUGACUAAAAGUAGAUUUCAAAAGAAAUAGAAACUAUGUGCAGACCAUAACAUACCGAAAGACGGAAGAGAAAUUAAGAAAGUGAUAAAAAUUAAAAUAAACUAAAAUAAACUUUGGAUAUACCCUUAAGAUGCCGGAGACGAAGCUUCUCCGAUCUAUUCUAUAAAUUUCCGAAGUUUGUGAAACCACAAUCACAACCCCUUUUCCUAUCUCUCUCUAUCAAUACUUUUCUCUCCUUUGGCCUCGUCCUUCUCCUUUGCCAACGUUACUACAACGUGACGGAGAAACAAGAGAGGCUAAGAUGGCUGAACAACAACUAGGAGUGCUGAAGGCACUCGAUGUGGCAAAAACGCAACUUUACCAUUUCACGGCGAUUGUCAUCGCCGGAAUGGGUUUCUUUACAGAUGCUUAUGAUCUGUUUUGCGUCUCCUUGGUGACCAAGCUUCUUGGCCGCCUCUACUACUUCAAUCCGUUGUCUGAAAAGCCUGGUUCACUGCCCCCUCAUGUUGCGGCGGCGGUCAACGGUGUGGCCCUUUGUGGAACCCUUGCUGGUCAGCUUUUCUUUGGAUGGCUGGGUGACAAGCUCGGAAGGAAAAAAGUGUAUGGUAUUACUUUGAUCAUGAUGAUCGUGUGCUCCGUGGCUUCUGGUCUAUCUUUUGGUAACAAAGCCAAGGGUGUCAUGACCACCCUUUGCUUCUUCAGGUUUUGGCUGGGAUUCGGUAUUGGAGGUGAUUACCCUCUUUCUGCUACCAUUAUGUCUGAAUACGCUAACAAGAAGACUCGUGGUGCUUUCAUCGCUGCCGUGUUUGCUAUGCAAGGUGUUGGUAUCUUAGCCGGAGGUUUCGUGGCACUUGCUGUCUCUUCCAUUUUCGACAAAAAGUUUCCAGCUCCGACCUAUGCAGUCAACAGAGCUCUCUCAACGCCUCCACAAGCUGACUAUAUUUGGAGAAUCAUCGUCAUGUUUGGUGCUCUACCUGCAGCUUUGACUUACUACUGGCGUAUGAAGAUGCCUGAAACUGCUCGUUACACCGCUUUGGUUGCAAAGAACAUCAAACAGGCCACACAAGACAUGUCCAAGGUCUUACAAGUGGAGCUUGAGAUGGAGGAAAGAGCAGAGGAUAUCGUUAAAGACCCUAGACUUAACUAUGGCUUGUUCUCCAAAGAGUUUGCCAAACGUCAUGGUCUUCCCCUCCUUGGAUGUACCUCCACAUGGUUCUUGCUUGACAUUGCAUUUUACAGCCAAAACUUGUUUCAAAAAGAUAUCUUUUCAGCUAUUGGAUGGAUCCCAAAGGCAGCAACCAUGAACGGAAUCCACGAGGUUUUCAUGAUUGCUAGGGCACAAACACUCAUUGCACUUUGCAGUACCGUCCCCGGCUAUUGGUUCACGGUUGCAUUUAUUGAUAUUAUGGGAAGGUUUGCGAUUCAGCUAAUGGGUUUCUUCAUGAUGACCGUCUUUAUGUUUGCGAUUGCCUUCCCUUACGACCACUGGAUCAAACCGGACAAUCGUAUCGGUUUCGUGGUUAUGUACUCACUUACCUUUUUCUUUGCUAACUUUGGUCCAAACGCAACCACCUUCAUCGUACCGGCUGAAAUCUUCCCAGCCAGGCUAAGGUCCACAUGCCACGGAAUAUCAGCCGCAACAGGCAAGGCCGGAGCCAUCGUGGGAGCUUUUGGUUUCCUAUACGCAGCUCAACCACAAGACAAGACCAAGACAGAUGCAGGAUAUCCACCGGGCAUCGGGGUCAAGAACUCUCUGAUCAUGCUUGGUGUCAUUAACUUUGUCGGUAUGCUCUUCACCUUCCUUGUCCCUGAACCCAAGGGAAAGUCCCUUGAAGAGCUCUCCGGUGAGACUGAGGCUGAGAAAUAAUCAUAUGAGAUGUAACAUUUGGUUUGUUUGAUCUUUCUUUUCUUUUCAAUUUCAAUGUCCCUUUGAGUGAGGUACUAAAAACGGUUGUUUGUAAUGUGUACUUCAAUUUUUACUGUCCUGUGUGAAAACCUUCUAAUCCACACUUUGUUAUUAUCUAAUCAUCAAUCUCAAUGAAUUAUUUUUCUAAUUUGAUCUUC